CCCACCUCAGCCCCGGACUCGGCCGCUCUCGGAGACGCUUCUCGGACUUCAUGUGAGCAAAUGGCAAAUGCUGAAGUCAGCAUCCCUGUCGGGGAUGUGGUGGUUGUGCCAACUGAAGGAAAUGAAGGAGGGAAUCCAGAAGAUACCAAAACCCAGGUGAUAUUGCAACUGCAGCCAGUACAGCAAGGACAGCUUUGCAACAGGAUUUAUCAAGAGGGUUCCGAGACCAGCACGGCUGUAGUGGCUGUUGAAACGCACACCAUCCACAAGCUUGAAGAAGGAAUUGAUCCCAGCACCAUUGAAACCAACGAGGAGAUUGAGAUUGCUUACCCUAUCACCUGUGGAGAGAGCAAAGCCAUCCUGCUGUGGAAGAAAUUUGUUUGCCCAGGCAUCAAUGUCAAGUGUGUCAAGUUCAAUGACCAGCUUAUCAGCCCAAAGCACUUCGUUCAUCUGGCGGGCAAAUCCACUCUGAAGGACUGGAAAAGAGCCAUUCGCCUAGGAGGAAUCAUGCUGCGAAAGAUGAUGGAUUCUGGGCAAAUUGACUUCUACCAGCAUGACAAAGUUUGCACCAAUACCUGCCGCAGUACCAAGUUUGACCUCCUGAUCAGCAGCGCCAGAGCACCAGUGCCCGGGCAGCAGAGCUUGGUACAGACUCCCACCUCCACUGACGGAAAUAUUGCCCAGAUUGCUGUGUCUGAGGAAAGCAUGGAGGAAGGGAUUGAAUGGAACUCUGCUCUGACAGCCGCCGUCACCAUGGCAACUGAGGAAGGGAUCAAGAAGGACCCGGAGGAGAUAUCAGAAGACACCCUGAUGUUCUGGAAGGGAAUCGCUGAUGUGGGGCUGAUGGAGGAAGUGGUCUGCAACAUUCAGAAAGAGAUCGAAGAGGUGCUGAAAGGUGUUCAGCAGAGGCUUGGCCAGUCAUCCUUGCUGGUUACUGAUGCAGCCAUUCUGAAUAACAUCGCUCACACUUUUGGUCUGAUGGAUACUGUCAAGAGAGUGCUGGACAACCGGAAGAGCCAGACCGAUCAAGGAGAAGAGCAAUUUCUAUAUACUCUUGCAGGCCUGGAACGCCAGCUGGAAGAGCAGAAGAAACUUGCCAGAGAUCAGAAGACCAAAUCGCAGGCGGUUCAGAACGUGGUCCUGAUGCCUGUCAGCACCUCAAAGGCUUCCAAGAGGCCACGGCUGCAGCGUCCUGCCUCGGCCACCGUCCUGAGUUCCUCUGCCCCAAUCCAACAGCCUCAAUACACAGUUAUUUCGCCUAUCACCAUUGCGCCCAUGGGGCAACCCUUCUCUGUCAGCAACAUUCCCAUGGCAACCAUCAGCCAAGGCUCCAGCCCAGUGACUGUCCACACUUUGCCAUCCGGCUCGCAGCUUUUCCGGUACGCCACUGUGGUCACUUCCUCCAAGACCGCCUCGUCUGACACUGUCACGCUUCACCCCUCCUCUAGCCUGGCCCUGCUGAGUUCAGCCGCCAUGCAGGACAGCGGUGCCCUUGCAAACGUGGCUACCAUGGUGAAUCCUGUGGAACUGGUGGCCAUGGAGUCUGGCCUGACCUCCACCAUUCAGGCUGUUGAGGGCACCUCGGAGGACGGACAGACCAUCAUAGAAAUAGAUCCAGCGCCUGACCCAGAAGCUGAGAUGGAGGAAUCUGGGGCCAAAGCUGUGAUUCUGGGGGCAGAACUGAGGACUGAGGAGAAAGUGGUGGCUGAGGUUGAUGAACACCAGCACCAAGUCCAUAAUGUAGAGAUUGUGGUCUUGGAGGACUAGUUGGGAAGUUAACUAUUAUCUUGGCUGAUUGUUCACCUAUCUCAAUUUCUCUCGCUUUCUUUAAAAAACAAAACAAAACUUCCCAUCCAGGUAAGUUUCCGUGGAUAAUGUUAUUUUUAAAUAGUCGUUUUCACUUGGAUGACAGCAGACCCUCAUCUGAACAAAAUUAACCAUUACUUGAAGGGAGAGAAGAGAAUUCUUCCUAAGCAGCCCAGCAAGAAGGGAAGCAAGCCAUUGCUGUUGUUGAGAACACGUUUCUAAGAGAAAGGCCACACUCGUUUGAAAAGACUUUUUCUCCAUACUUUUUUUUUAUUUGGCCUGAAUUGUUUUCUCUUAGAAAUAGAUCUUGCCAGUUACUGGAAAUUGAUCUGACUGCUGGAUAUUAGAGGAACUAAGUUCUGUCGUUCCCAGCUAACACACCAGGAAAGGUCUUUCUGUCUUACUGAUCUAUUAUGCUGGGAUUUUACUUUGUAUAGAUGAAAGGAAAGAAAACCUCCUGAUUCUAGACAUUACAACCCCGUUACCCCUCUCUCAGUGUGGAGUAUAUUUUAUUUUUAUUGGCUGCUGUCCUUCACAUCUUUUCAGCUACCCAUGCAACUGUUGUUCAGGGACCCGAUUCUGAUCUCUCCCUUUCCAAGCACUUCUCCAGGGAUUUUUCUUUUCCAUAGGCUCUGUUACAAGACUCCAAAAAAUCUCGUAAACCUUACACAGUCACACACACACACACACACACACACACACACACACACACACACACACAGAAAAGACCUGGGGUGGGGGGAUGGGAGUAAAGGAGCCAGGCACAGAGUCCAAACACCACCUGCCCUUGGACGGUCUGGAUGUAUCAAGCGAGGGUUGUGCUGCUGCACACUGGGAGAGGGAGACUCUGUGGUCUGGGCACGUCCUCUGCACGCUGGGAAUGGUACCAUAAUUUUGUGUUUAUAACAUUUUUUAAAAUUGUCUGCAGGAUUCAAACUGGUACAUCGGUUUGGCAAGGGGACUGCCUGGUUGGUGGGUUUCUGUUCCCCUUUAAGAGGAGGGGAGGGAGUGAAGAAGGGAUAUUUUCUCAGUUAAUUUGUUAAAAUCUGGAGAGUGAGAAUCUGCUUUAUUUUGAAAUAUUUAAAGUCAGCAGUGAGAAGAAGAAGAGACUCUGGGGGGCAUGGGGAGAGUGC